AUGCAACAGGAGUUACAACAAAUAAAACUGGACAAUAUUAACAAAACAUUGAAUAAUUAUGAUGCAAAACUUAGACAAACAGUCAACCUUCAUAUACCUAGAAUAGAAGAAAUACAAAACUUUGCAGCAGAUUUUCAAACCAGAGAAACAACAGAUGAAUUACAGCAAUUAGAAAAGCUAAAACAACUCAAGAAAAAGAAAAAAUUUUUUAUUAAAAUAUAUUUAAUCAGAGUCAUAAAACACAUAAUUAUCAAUAUCAAUAUUCUUGUCAAAAUUACAAGAAUAAUAAUUAAUGAAGAAAGUGUAUCUCAAAGAACUUCAAAUAGUAAUGAAAAAACUAUAAAUAUUAGAGCAACACCAGUACCAGGAAAUAGUUAUACAAAUGACUCUUCAAUUAGAUUUUUGCAAGUAUCAAAUGGACUACAUAUGAAUUCUGAACAACUACUUCAGAAAGAAUAG